UUUAAAUAUCUGAUCUUUACUACAGAGCCCUCUUCCACCAACGUGGGAGUCGGGGACUUAGUGGUGACUUGUCAAGUCUAGUAUCAAAUAUUAGUACCACGUCUUGUGGACAUGCUGCCCUCCACCGCCGUUCGCAUUGCCAAGUCGCAUCAUCUGCACAGGACAUUCACCACUCUUAACCCCAUCCCAGCCACCUUCCUUCGUGGAGGAACAUCGAAAGGCGUAUUCUUGAACAAGGCUCAUCUUCCAGAAGACCAAUCGCAAUGGGGCCCCAUCUUCCUCGGUAUUAUGGGCUCCCCGGAUACAGCCAAUGGUCUCCAGAUUAAUGGCAUGGGAGGUGGUAUAUCGAGCCUGUCCAAGAUAUGCGUCGUUGGCUCAGCCUCUGCGGAACAGCGGGCGCAAGGCAUCGAUGCCGAGUACACUUUUGUUCAAGUGGGCAUCCGUGAUACCACCAUCGAUCUCUCUGGAAACUGUGGAAACCUUUCUAGUAUGAUUGGUGUAUUCGCUAUGGACGAAGGAUUAUGUUCCCGGUCUCCUUCUACUCUAUCCGGGACCACCACUACCAUUCGAGUUCAUAAUACGAAUACAAAUAAAACAAUUGAUACCACAUUUUCUGUAUCCUUUUCUGGCGAUAUCCUACAUCCAAAACUAGACCUACCCCAAACCACAAUGGCAGGGGUCCCGGGAAAGGCUUCACAAAUAACCCUCGAAUUUAUUUCUCCAGCAGGUGCGCGAACCGGCAAACUACUUCCGACAGGGAAGCCACUCGACUUCGUGAACACACAUGACCAAGAAAUCCCAGUCUCACUCGUUGACGCAACGAAUCCCACAGUGUUUGUAACAUAUGCGGACUUGUGUCAUGUUCUUCGCCCUCCGUCCCUCGUUGAUUUCUCAGCGUCUAAUUCGCGGGAAAUGAUGGAAGCCAUCAGACGGGCCGGUGCAAUUAAGAUGGGCCUUGAUCCUAACAUGCAAGCCCAGCCAAAAAUUGCAGUGCUGUCACCAUCAUGUGACCAAGAUCAUGACAUUGGUAUUCAUGCAUUCUCGAUGGGCGUCCUGCAUAAAGCCGUACCCAUGACAGUCGGUCUGUGCCUUGGUGUUGCCGCAAAAGUUGAGGGUACGCUGGCUUGGGAUUUGACCGAGUCAAUGCGUCUCGGGAAGGUAAAGCAGGGCGAGUUCAUUAGAAUCAAACAUCCAAGCGGCAUCGUAGAGGUGGGAGCAGAUUUUGGAUCAGAUGGUGAGGUCUUGAAAGCGAAGGUAGUCAGAACGGGAAGGAGAAUCAUGAAGGGAGCCGUCUGGUGGUAG